UGGCUCGGCUGUGCUUUUCCUCCGCGGAGGGCAUUGGCGGACAUACGGUGUGACUGCUGUCCCAGGGCUACUAAGAACUCCUGGUGUUUGUGUCUGGGACUUGCUGAAAGCUCCGCGGCGGCGCGGCGGGAGGUGUCGCGAGCCAAGCCCUGCCCGGCCACUUCCAUGCCGGGUUGGAGGCUGCUGGCGCAGGCUGGCGCCCCGGUGCUGCGCUAUGGCGCCGGAGGCCUAGGUGCUGCCCCAGGCUUAGGGAGUCGAAAGAACAUCUUGUUCUUUGUUAGAAAUCUCCACAGCAAGAGUAGCACUUGGUGGGAUGAGCACCUUUCUGAAGAAAACGUCUCGUUCGUUAAGCAACUGGUCUCCGACGAAAAUAAAGCCCAGCUGACGAGUAAACUAAAUCCCUUGAAAGAUGAGCCCUGGCCUUUACAUCCUUGGGAACCAGGUUCUUCCAGGGUUGGCCUUAUUGCCCUGAAGCUAGGCAUGAUGCCUUUAUGGACCAAGGAUGGUCAAAAGCAUGCAGUCACAUUACUUCAGGUACAAGACUGUCAUGUGUUAAAAUACACUCCCAAGGAAGAACAUAAUGGAAAAACCGCGGCCCUGACAGUGGGCGGGAAAACUGUGUCACGCCUCUAUAAACCUGACUCUGUGUUGGAAUUUUACCGAGAUCUUGGAUUGCCACCAAAACAGACAAUUAAAAUCUUUCAUGUAACAGAUAAUGCUGUAAUUAAGCCAGGGACCCCGCUUUAUGCAGCUCACUUUCGCCCUGGACAGUUUGUGGAUGUCACAGCCAAAACUAUUGGUAAAGGUUUUCAGGGCGUCAUGAAAAGAUGGGGAUUUAAAGGCCAACCUGCUUCUCACGGUCAAACAAAGACCCACAGGAGACCUGGCGCCAUCUCAACUGGGGAUAUUGCCAGAGUCUGGCCUGGAACUAAAAUGCCGGGACAAAUGGGAAACCAAAACAGGACAGUGUAUGGACUGAAAGUGUGGAGAGUGAACACCAAGCACAACAUAAUCUACGUCAACGGCUCUGUGCCUGGACAUAAAAAUUGCUUAGUAAAGAUCAAAGACUCUACGCUGCCCGCAUACAGGGAUUUCUGUAAGAGCCUGCCGUUCCCUACCUACUUUCCUGAUGGAGACGAUGAAGAACUUCCAGAAGAUCUGUACGAUGAGAGUGUGUGGCAGCCCAGCGAACCUUCCAUUGCCUUCGCCUGAUGCCCUGGUGCGCAGGACUCUGUGCUUCCUGCACUUUGAGGAACCAGAUCAACAGUGGCCCCAGGGUUGGGAAUCGGAUUCCCUGUGCUGAGUCAGGAGAGUGUGCUCUUGUUUUUGUCAAAGGACACAAGUGAGUCACUUAGCCCUCACUUCAGUCUGGUGAGCAAGGUCACCGCAUCGAACAGUCACACAGACUGUGUUUGUUAAAGUUGGCGGUUUGUGAAGAACAAGAUGCCUGCCCUUUGUAGGUGCCACUCUGUAGACACACGUCCCAGUCUUGUUUCGCUUUUGUUUUUAUAAACUUUUAUUAAAGAUUUAUCUCUUUUAA